CUCUCAGGAACUGCAUCGCGUAGGGAUAAUGCCUCGCGAGUAACAUCACGGCGGGCAAAUGCAGCUCGCGUGGGCUCGCUACUCUCUCUGCAUUUUUCGCAUGUAAUCCGGAAUUACAGAUAAAAUUGUUGUGAGACAAGGCAGAGAUGAGGGAAAAUGAUAGAACUACAUUAUGUUUUUUAUUGAUAUUUGCGCUAUGUACGAAGGUAUAUUCAGCGAACGCCAGACACAUAAUUACCAAAAGAAAUUACAGUGAUCAAAGUGUGAGAGGUUAUCUAGCUGAGAGAACUUGUUGGUGGAACGAAGUGUGCAAGGAAGAAUUUCAUAGUAAGUUCCGAUGUCGUUGCCCGAGAUGGUCUUAUUGCCGUGCACCAGGAAGAUAUUACGACGCGCAUUGCAGCAUGACACGCACAGGCUACAUAUGGACCCAACCCGAAAUGCCGUUAAGCCUCGAAAUUGAUAAAUAAACAACGUUCACAAAGAAGGAAUGACAGAACACGAUGGAAAUCAAAUAUCUCCCGUUUAAAAUCAAAAUCGGCACUCGUUAGAGUUUCGCAGAUUUAUUCACCGGUUAAGACGUGGAUUAUUCUGAAGGUAAUUUUCUAUUAGCAGCUUUGUUCAAAAAAUUUCCAUAUUAUACAUUGGAAACAUUGUAUAAUAUUCGAAGGAAACACACUAUUUGGCGGACACUCAGAUUUGGAGAAGCAAUGCAAUCUUUAUUAACGCAUCGAUGAACAUUUACGCUGCCAAGAAUUUAUAAUUGUUGUGUUAUAUAAAAACUCGUUGUGAUCACUAUUAAUAAAGCACUAUUUGCUCUGAUGAAGCAAAUUGUAAGUAA